ACCUUAGACCUUACCCCAAAGAGUGAGUGGACUACCUGUGAGUGUAUUUUGAGUAGAAGGCAGAACAACAAAGAACAAACAACAAAAAAGAAAGAAAAAAGAUGCCUCGGGGCAGAUUUUCAGGAUCAUUGGCUACUCCAAAGGUGGAUGUAGUGAUUGAUAUGGGAAAUCCUUUACUCAAUCAAACUGUUGAUGCUUUCUUGAAGAUUGGCACUGUUGCUGUCGCCAAAACUGCUGCAGAAGAAACUUAUGAAACCGUCAAAAGAGGCAGUGUUUCGAGUCACCACUUUGAGAAAUCGUUGAAGAAAAUGUGUAAAGAAGGUGCUUAUUGGGGGACUGUUGCCGGAGUAUAUGCUGGAAUGGAGUAUGGAGCGGAGAGAAUUCGUGGAACCAGAGAUUGGAAGAAUGCAAUGAUUGGAGGUGCAUUGACUGGGGCUGUUGUAUCGGCUGCAUGCAGCAGCAACAGAGACAAGAUUGUUAUGGAUGCGAUUGCAGGUGCUGCUGUUGCUACUGCUGCAGAGUUCAUGAAUUAUCUCAUAUGACUUGAACCAAGAGAACUAAGAAUUUACUUGCCAGAUACUAAAAACAUUACUUAGUAUUUGCUCUAUUUCUCUCUAAUUGUAUCCUUUCAGAAGUACACGCUUGUGACAAAUGAAUCUUAUCGUAAGUCAAUCUACAAUUUAUCCAUAUUUCUGAAUCA